AUGCAGAAAUUCGAAAAACGCCAAAAAUCUGAAAAGAUAAAAAGCCGAAAAUACUUGAGGCUGAAAAAACAAAAAAGCAGAGCAAACGGCAACCAACCAAAUGCUCCCAACAAACUUCAAAAACACACGAAAGGAUAUAAAAAGGGGGACAAGUACAACGCGCCAAUGCCAAUGAAAUGGUUAUUAAAAUAA